CAGGUACCGACGAGCAGAUUAAACUAUACGAUCUGAAGCGGAAAAGAGAGUUAGGGGAACUGCUAAUGCAACACGAGGGGGCAAUAACAAAAUUACAGUUUUUCCGCACUACGCAUAUGAUCAGUACGGGCGAGGAUGGACAGAUUUGCAUCUGGCGCGUGAAGGAUUUCGAGUGCUACAAGGUACUUCGAGGGCACAAGGGAAUGGUCAAUGACUUAGCUAUGCACCCGUCUGGCAGGCUCCUGCUGUCUGUAGGUAAAGAUAAGAACAUGCGCCUGUGGAAUCUCGUGAAAGGCCGUUCGGCAUAUAUCACAAAGCUUACGGAAGAGGCGUUUCAGGUCGUCUGGUCCCCCACGGGCAACUCUUAUGCGGUUAGCGGGGUCUCUACCGUGUUCAUGUACAAGGCGGAGGAUGCCUCGCUGUGUGCCGCAGUCAAAUGCGGACGAGUGCACACCAUUGCAUUCCUAUCGGAUACGCACAUGGCCGUUGGACUGGAAACUGGUGCGAUUCAGGUACUCGAUGUGAUGACUGGAGAUAUGGUUUGUGAAGAGCAAGCACACUUUAAACGUGUCAAGGCGAUUAAAGCGCUGCCCAGUCCAUUCAGUCCCGAUUCGUCUCUGCUGGUCAGUGCGUGCUCAGAUGGCGAGAUCAAAGUGUGGAGUAUGUCACCCUCCGCCGCCAGCGACAAAAUCACUUGUGUGGCCAGUGUGUCGACCAAUUGCAGACUCACUUGUCUAGACAUCACGAGCCUAAUCAACGAAGGUGAGUACUUGGCCGAUGACGCACAAACCAGCGCCGGCGCGGCUGCUGAUGACACAGAGGCUGUGGCGAACUCAACAGAGAAGCAAGUCAUGGACAGAAGUCAGGAGAGUAAAGAGGAUGGACACAGUGACAGUGAUAACGAUGAUGAAGAUGAUGAUAGUGUAGAGGGUGAUGGUGUGGGUGUGGGGGGCGAGUGGGUGGAACGGAGCGACGGUGAGAGUGUCGACAGUGAUAGUGACAGCGCAGAUGACAAUGGUGCCGGUAGCAGUGAGAAGAGUCAGACGGCUAGGAAUAGCGGCCAGGAUGAGAAGACGCGAAAGCGAAAAGCCGCGGACAUGCAACGUGGGGAGGCCGAGGCGGCGAGAAAAGAAAAGAGACAGGCCUUGCAUAUGCAAAUGGCGAUAGCGGCGGCUGAGAAGCAAGCACGGACACAGAAGCACGUUAAACCAGCUAACAAGCCUGCUAAGAAUUCGAAGUGGACUAAGACGAGCACGAGCACAAAGGGAGGGAAUAGCGGAAGCAAGAGUAAGGGAAAGACGCAGAAGAACUAGAAGAAGAAGCGCAAUUGAAUGAGGGUACAAUUGGGCUUACGAGUAUAUAAUGUAUUGUGCAACUGAAAGGGUGCGUAUCACAUUUAAUACAAAAUACACACAAAAGGAGAAUUGCAGAAGUACAUAUGACAUGACAAGAAUAAGCGCAGUUGAAUGAGGGUACAAGAGUACAUAAGGUAUUGUGCAACUGAACUGGUACGUAGCACAUUAAAUACGAAAUACACCCAAAAGGAGAACUGCAGAAGUACAUAGGGCCUUAUGUAUAUCCGCCACUUGGAACCA